AUGAAUACAGUAAUUUUAUUUGUCUUAUUUUUUACUAGGCACGUUUUAACACUACCAGAACAAGUUCAUCUUGCCUUUUAUACCAGUCCUUGGGACAUUUCAGUUAGCUGGAUAACAUUUGAAAAUGCUGAACCAUCGUUGACAUAUGGAACUUCAUCUAAAUCUAUGUUAAAUGUGACAGGAACUACAAAUACUUGGAUAUUUGGUGGUAUAACUCGCCACUCCCACGUUGUAAUUUUAAAAAACCUCAAUCCAUCAACUCAAUAUUAUUAUCAGAUUGAUAGCCGAAAGUUUAAUUUUCGUACACUACCGACCGAUUUAACAUCAUACAAAGUUUGUGUAUUCGGUGAUCUUGGUGUAUACAACGGGAGAUCUACUCAAAGUAUUAUACAUAAUGGAAUUGCUGGAAAAUUUGGCUUUAUUGUACAUAUCGGAGACUUGGCUUACGACUUGCAUAGUAAUAACGGAAAGUUAGGAGAUCAAUAUAUGAAUUUAUUGGAACCAGUUAUAUCGAAAAUUCCUUAUAUGGUGAUUGCUGGAAAUCACGAAAAUGACAACGCAAACUUCACAAAUUUCAAAAAUAGAUUUGUGAUGCCACCAACUGGAUCAGAUGAUAAUCAGUUUUACAGUAUUGAUAUUGGACCAGUUCAUUCGGUUGGAUUAAGCACAGAGUAUUAUGGAUUUGAGGAACAAUAUGGAAACGCUUCGAUUUUCACCCAAUUUGAUUGGCUCACAAAAAAUUUGAAUGAAGCCAACAAGAAUAGAGAAAGUGUACCAUGGAUUGUAAUGUAUCAACAUCGACCGUUUUAUUGUAGUGUGGAAGAUGGUGAUGACUGUACUCUUUAUGAAAAUGUUGUUCUUCGUCACGGAGCAUUUGGAAUUCCGGGACUUGAGCAAGAAUACAUCAAAAACUCAGUAGACAUUGGGUUUGCUGGCCAUAUGCAUGCUUAUGAAAGAAUGUGGCCAGUAGCCGAUAUGAAAUACUAUAAAGGAUCAGAAGCAUAUCACAAUCCAGUUGCUCCAGUCUAUUUUCUCACUGGAUCGGCAGGUUGUCAUUCUUCUGGUAUGAAGUUCAGUCCAAUUCCAAUGCCAUGGAGUGCUCAUAGAAGUGAUGAUUAUGGAUAUACUGUAAUGACAGUCGCUAAUACAACUCAUAUUCAUUUUGAGCAAAUAUCAAUAGAUAAGAAUGGAGAUGUAAUUGAUUCAAUAUGGAUUAGCAAAGACCUCGGGCAUUUCCAUACAAAUAAAAUGAGGGAGAAUGCUAAUGGAAAAAUGUUUUAUUAA